AACGCGUUAACAUCUAUACCGAACCCGAUCCUUCCUGCUCUCGUAUAAAUGAUCGAACAUUUAUUAUUUUCAACUCAAAUCCAAAGUAUCAAAUUCAAAAUACCCACGACUAAUAUUUCGCAUGCGAAUUAACAAAUAACUCGAAUGAAAAUCCAUUUUUAACCAUCACCUUCAAUCGGAUGUUUACUUCACUGAUGAAUGAUGAAACGAGCGGACAGCAGACCGAACGAAUAAAGAUGAAGUCACAGUGAUUUGGCUGAACAAACGAAGCGAAACACAUGCUCCGAUCGAAUCGAUUGCAAAGCUGAAAAGUGCUGGCCAAUCUUACAAGUGUGCAAAAAAAUUAAAAAGUUAUUCGAGUUCUAAGACUUCUUAAAUAGCUCCAAUUUCAUUCACAAUAGUUCCAAUUAUAGUGACAACGAUGAUAAAAAAUAAGGCACUUCUAGAAGUUUAUAAAAAUAAAACUAGUAAAAUCAAAACUUUCCUUUGAAAAGAAUAUUUUUGAAAAUCAAUGGAAAACAAUGAUAAGAAAUAUCUCGAUGUCUAUAAAUUCAUUAUAAAUUAUAGUGUAAUUGAAGCACCUUCAUUGGAGUGCGGUUAUUAGGGGAUGAUAUAAUUUGCGAAAAAAAACACCGUUAAAAAUCAUAAUGUAAGGCAAUUAUGCCGAAAAGAAAAAGACGACGACGAUUCCGGAACAACUUACGCGUCGUUAAGUUAAAUGUGAAAUAAUGGUCGAUAUUGCGAGUGUCGGUAGUUCAAGUGGUGCAAAUAAUACGCAGAUUUUAUGCGGUCUCCGAUAUCAGCAGUUCCUCAUUCCUGAAGGAGAAAUCUGGUGCAAUUGGGCAUGGGACUCGAUCCUUUGUUGGCCACCGAUCAAAGCUUCGACGACUAUCAAGCAGAGAUGUCCCGUCGAGAACGGAGUGGAUCCUACCAAAUUUGCCGAGAGACGUUGCAGCGAUGACGGGCGUUGGGAAGGGCGAGGAGGCGUUAUUGGUGAACGCGAAUCACCAAAUGGAUGGACGAAUUACACACCUUGCUUCACCCCGGAAAUGCUGCUUCUCAUUCGAAAGCUCUACACCGGAAACGAGGAUGCAGCGAAGGUAAAACUCGAGAUAGCCGAAAAGACUCGGACGUUGGAGUUCGUUGGGUUGAGCAUUUCACUAGCAGCCCUUUUAAUAUCCCUGGCAAUAUUCUGCAAGUUCAGAUCUCUGAGAAAUACCCGAACGCGCAUUCACAAAAAUUUAUUCGUCGCCAUGGUCAUUCAGGUUGUGAUACGGCUCACCCUGUACAUCGACCAAGCUCUCCUAAGAUCGGGAGCUUACGGACUGCAUCAUGGAAUCAAAAACACGCCCGUCCUUUGUGAAGCGAGCUACGUUCUCCUUGAGUAUGCGCGAACGGCCAUGUUCAUGUGGAUGUUUAUCGAAGGAUUUUUCCUCCACAGCAUGGUAACCGUGACUGUUUUCCAAGAGACUUCGUAUUAUCGUGUGUAUCGAUUGGUCGGCUGGGGAUUACCGGUCGCCAUGACUUUGGCUUGGGCCAUCGUUACGGCCGUCUACUAUCAUCCCUCAAAGUGUUGGUGGGGCUAUAAUCUCACGUUUUACUUUUGGAUCCUCGAGGGACCACGAAUGGCAGUAAUAUUGCUCAAUUUCCUGUUCCUGAUGAACAUUGUACGAGUUUUGGUUGUCAAAUUGCGCCAAAGCCACACUAGUGAAAUUGAACAAGUUCGAAAAGCUGUGAGAGCAGCGGUAGUGCUGCUGCCACUUCUGGGAAUCACCAAUCUGAUCUCGAUGGGCGGCGCACCACUGGAGAAAACAGUCUGGUUUGCACUUUGGUCGUACACGACACAUUUCCUCACCUCGUUUCAAGGACUCUUUAUCGCAACACUUUACUGCUUCCUCAACGGAGAGGUUAAAUUGGCACUGGAUAAAACUAUUUCGGUUUAUCUCUCAUUGCGAGGCAGCGAUCUCCAAACAAGAAGACAGUCGACAUUCAGUGGCUGCCAUACACAGAGGAUAACGUCAGUUAUCGAAGUUCACGAAGAAAGUUCGACACCCAAUAAAUGGAUAAGACUGUGUUGUGGUGCCGCACACACACCACCACCUGAUGAACCAGCCGAAACGAACGUCUGACCAUCGUGGUGCUGGCGAAUCGACCGCGCCAAAGAGGAAAACAUUACUUGACAAACGACGGAUUCAUGGACGGCUCCUAAGACCUGUGCUUGCGAGAAAAGUUCCUCAAUACCCCUCGUCUGAAGGCUACCAAUAUUGAGUCAUUGGUGGUAAUAAUUCGCUACGAGCUCACUCUAUAAGGAUCUCAGAAAAUUCGUCGUAAAUCUAUAUUUUCAUGACAUGCAUGUGUAUAUGGGUGCGUUUGUAAACGGAGACAAAGAGACGAUAAAAAUUGGGUGCGACCUAAUUUCAGCUGAUCGUGUAAAAACGUUUUGCUAUGUUACGAGACAAUGAGAAAUGGAGAUUUUAUAUGAACGAAAAACAUUGCUACAUUUUUCGACAAAUUCAUGUUCAGAGAUAUGAAAUUUUUAGCUCCUUUUUUAUAUGUCUACAGUGGAUUAUAAUUGUGCCCUGAAUUGAACUCUGAUCGACACGAGUACAUCAAGACAUUUUUUGAAAAUUCAAAUCCUACUCUCCGACGCACCGUUCAUAACAUAUUCAUUCUUUAAUGGUUACUAAGCCAUUGUGCAACUAAACCUGCUAUUUCAUAUUAGUCACAGUGAACAGGCGCAGUUACAAAAGAAGAAUAACAUUUUAGAUUUUAGGCCAGAAGGAUUACAAAUUAUCGUGAUAUAUUCCAUCGUCGGAGCAAUUGUAACAUUGAUAAUUAUUACUUAAUGUGAGGCUCUAAAUGUUAAUGUAAUUAUGACAGCUGUCGUAUAAUUAGCACUACGAAAAUUUUUACUAUGAAGUACUUGGAGAUUGAUUAUAUAUGCUGAUGGAAAAUUUCAUUAAAACCAAUGAGUAUUAAAAUUCCAUUAAAAAUUGGAAUCGCAUCCCGGAAUUGGAAAAAAAAUUCAAGUUGAAAAAUGGCUCCUGAGCUUCGUAAUUCUAGAAAAUUACAUGCCAAUUUUACCCUCAACACCGUGAAUCGUUUUAUUCAGAGAUAAUAUAGUCUCGGCAAAAGCCUCGAGCCAGCAAACGACAGGGCUGUCAAUAUACUUGUCCCGAGACUCUACUCAAUCUUUUGAUGAAUUUUCAAAGAUUUAGCUAAAUAUGAAAAGUCCUCGAAUCGAUCGAGAAAUAGUAUUAACAUUUUUGUUCAGUUGAAUCCUUGAAAUUCUAUGUCGUCUCACCGAUUCUAGAAUUUUUCAAAUAUUCAUCAUGUUUACGGUGCCUCGGGGGGUACCGUGAGGGAUACUUUUCUCAUUAAAACUAACGGUGUGCUUAACCUGUGAAGAACUAUUUUGGCAACUCGGAUGUUCUGAGCUGAAAUCUACUCCGACUCCGUCAAGCACAUUUAACUCUUACUAAAGUACAAGAGCUUAUUUACGCAAUCGACCUCAAGAGUGUGUAUAUACGGGAGACCGAGUCAAAACGGGGAAUCGGAGCAAAACAGGGUACUUCAAAAAUUGCAAAACUUGUUUUUUUUUUUUCAUUCCUGCAAUUCGGUAUAUUCUUCGAAAUAAAGAAAAACAGAACGCUUUCAAAUCUUUCAAAAGAUAAUUCAAAAUGGGAGGAAAAAAAGAAAUUUCGAAAACGGAUGGAAAUUGGAAAGAGAAAUGCUUGAGGAAUUCUAAUUUUGCUGGAAUUCUUACUGCUUUUUUAAAGACGCAGUCGAGAUGCAUUGAAUUUAAAUUGCAGUAAAAAAAAAGAAAUUUUACCGAUUUUCAAGAGGCAAUUCAAGGUGCUCCAAGAGUUUUUUAUUUUUUUGAAAAUUGCGAGAAUUACAGAACGUUUCUUGGUGUUUGAGAGUAAGAAAUAAAUGAAACUCUCAACUUCUGAAAAUUACGAUAUUUUCUUAGAUACCCCGUUUUGUCUCCCCCUUAUAUGCAUCCAAAUAUUAUUGCGUUUAUUUAGAUCUUGAAAAUCGUAUUAGAGCUCUCGUAUUUUUUGAAUUGUUGUCUUACAAAGAAAAUUUCCCGGAAAAUUCUUAUUUUUGAGUGACAAAAAGCGUUCUGCAGUCACUCUUUCUUUGCGAAAUUUGAACAACAGUCACAGUUACAGUUCCAGUUAGCGAUCGACGGAUUUGCCUCCGAUAUCGAAAAAUUUGCCAAAACCAAAACCUCUGUGGAAACGAUUGCGGUUUUUUCCUGUCCAAAGAAUCAAUCAACGAUUUUUUAUAGCUGCAUUUCAAUGGAUGAUCCGAGUAACGAAAAUUCAAAUUCAAUCGAUCGCUCUAAUGUGGGCUAGUGCUUGAAGCUGCCUUAACAACGAUUAUAUUCUUAUAUUACGUCGAACACGUGUAUUGGUCGAAAAUGGAAAAUUUCAUAUUUUUACAUCGAAAAUAUUUCGAAAGAGAAAGAUAAAAGAGAAUAAGAUAUAAAAGAAGAGAGAAAAGUUAUAUUGAAAAUGUUUAGAAUAAGUAUGCACAGGAAAUAAGCACGAUUUGUGGUGAGGUAAUUGGUAAUUGUUUAUGGUGAUCGAUGUUUGUUCCUGGAUUUCGUUACCUUUAUCAACUUGUUGUAAAUACAUAUUUCUGGCGACAGUC